AGAUGAGUCUAUACUUCGUCACUUAUCAUGCAGAUGGCGCUCACAACUCCCUCUAUUUACUUUCAUUUUGUGAUUCUUUCUUGAGCGAUUUCUUUUCGGAUCGUUUGUUCUUAACAAAAAUAUAAUUGCUCAAGUUUUUAAGUAAUAAUUAUUGCGUUACUUUGAUAUUUCAUCGCCAUGAGUAAACGUAUACGGUCAGUAAAUUGUUGUAAUCCAUUCAAUGAGUCACAUAAAAAAGGAGUUAAAGAUUUAAGAAAAUUUCCCGACGAAGAUCGUUGGAAAUUUCCUGACUUAGAUGACACUUCAAUGUUAUGUGUGCGUUGUCGAUUCCGUGUCAAAGAAUAUAUUCCGCCGGCAUCAGAGGAAGAGAAAAUUAUUUCAAGUCAAAUUAGUGUUGAAAGUCUGAGUAUAUCAGCUGAAAUUUGUACUCAAGGAAGCAGUUUAUCUCGAACUGUCAGUAAUUUUAGCGACAAUCUAUGUGAUUACAAUGAUCAUUCUUUAGAGCGAUUUUUGAAAAUUCCUCUUAUUGAAAAAGACAGGUUAUAUUCUGAAAAAAAUUAUGGAGUAAAAAAACUUGAUGAGAGCUAUGCUGCCCUAGAGAAUAAGUUCCAAUCACAAUUUGGAAUAGUACCUGAAUCUACCUACAGAAAGAUUAAUCAAGAUCAUUGUUCCAUGAUAGCUAAAGUGAAGAAAUUAUAUAACGCUGAAAGUGACAAAUCAAUAAAAAAGAAGCUGCUUUCAAUUUUACCCGACAGUUGGGAAGUCAGUCGUAUAGCAUCUGAAUUUAACUGUUCUCGAAAAAUGUUCCAGGCAAUCAGCCGCUUAAGUUAGAUGUAAAAAAACUUGUCAUUGAUUUUUAUGAAAGCGAAGAAAACUCAAAACAAUUAGCGGGCAUGAAAGAUUUUAAAUCUGUGAAGGAUUGUGAUGGAAAUCGAACUAGGGUACAAAAAAAGUUGAUUCUUUGUAAUUUAAAAGAAUUGUACCAAAGCUUCAAAGCGCAAUAUAAUUCAGUGGCGAUCGGAUUUUCUAAAUUCGCUAGUUUGAGGCCUACUUAUUGUAUUCUUGCUGGAAGUAGUGGUACACAUGUCGUAUGUGUUUGUACUAUUCAUCAAAAUGUAAAAUUGAUGUUAGAAGGAUGUAAUUUUCCAAAAUUUGCGAAAAACACCGAUUGGGUUGUAGAAUCUCAGCCAAUUUACAAAAAUUUAUUAAAUAAAUUAGUUUGUAACAAUCCAAAAGAAUCGUGCUUUUCCAGAAUGUGCAAUAGUUGUCCAAAUAAUGAAGAAAUCGCUGAUUAUUUUCGUGUGUCGUUUAAUGAAUCUGAUGUUAAUGAAAUCCAAUAUAAAAUGUGGACAUCAACAGAUCGUUGUACUAUUGUGAAUGUUACUUCAGAUUCCGAAGACUUCAUCGAGACUUUAGUGACGCAACUUGAUAAGCUUUUGAAACAUGAUUUUAUUGCGAAAACACAAAGUCGAUUUUUUUCUGAUAGCGGGGAAUUCGCCGUAGUAUUUGACUUUGCGGAAAAUUAUGCAUUCGUUGUGCAGGAAGCAGCUCAAGGCUUUCAUUGGAAUAAUGAUCAAGCUACUAUAUUUCCAAUGGUGAUUUAUUAUAACGAAAAUGAUACUAUUAAGCAUUUGAGCUUUGUUGGUAUUUCAGAUUGUCUUAAGCACGACACAGUUUUAAUUUAUUUAUUUCAAGAGCAAAAAAAAUCAAUU